AAUUAAAAAAUGCAACUGUGAAAAAAAUUUUGUUACGACCGACCAUACUGAAGCACAGCCAUGGUCAUGUUAUAACUGAUAAGUUACGAAAGCCCCAAUUACGUUAUUUAACUCACAUUUAUUUGGUAUUGGUGGAAUUAGUAGUAAAAUUUAAUACGUCGCCAACGUCACGUUGGUAGUAGAAAUAUCAUCUAACCACAAUAAACAAUCAAAUUUGAACUGUAACGGCCACUUCACCACCAUCUAUUAUUUCAUGUUAGUGCGAGUGAAAAACUGUGAAAAUGUCCGAGUGUGAGGAAAAAUACGCAUUAAAGUUAAAUCUCAAAGGCCACAAAAAGCCCAUCACUGGGAUUAGUUUCAACCCCAAUGGGAAAGACUUCGCCACGAGUAGCGAAGACCACACCAUCAUGGUCUGGAAUUUCGCCCAAAACACCCGCAGUUAUAAUUUUAAAGGGCAUAACGAUUCCGUCACAUGUGUAGAAUACUCCCCCAAUGGUGAAUUUUUAGCGUCAUGUUCCGAAGACCAAACCUUACGCAUAUGGGUGACCAAACAGUCUCAGAUGGGGACCUGUCUCGAAAUGAGGGCACAUUUAUCCCCAAUCCGGUGCCUAGCCUUCGCCCCCCAAGGCAACCAGAUACUAACAGGAUCCAACGACAAGUCAAUCAAACUAUGGUCGGUAACACGCAAACAAUUCCUGAAAUCAUUUGUGGGGCACACUAGUUGGGUCCGCAGUCUCCAAUUUGCGCCAGACGGCCAGAAAAUUGUCUCAUGUGCUGACGACCAAACUGUCCGCGUCUGGGACCCCACAACGGGGCAAAACGUCCACACGUUCCGCACCUCCAAAGCGGGGCCCUGUCAUGUGGCGCUCCACCCCGAUGGCAAUCACAUCGCCGUGGCCAUGAAUUCGGGCUCAGUGCGAGUGUAUGACGUACGAACUGAAAAAUUGAACCAACAUUAUGUUUUACACGAUAGCACAACGUGUGUUUGUUGGCACCCCUGUGCUAAUUUUCUCCUCACUUCGGGGAAAGACGGCAAAGUUAAUCUGGUCGAUAUUAUGGAGGCACGACCGUUGUACACGUUCCAAGGGCACGAGGGGGCUGUCAUGGCCGUCAAGUUUAAUCAAGGAGGCGAUUUUUUCGCCACGGGGGGCGCAGACAAGCGCGUGAUGGUGUGGAACCUCAAUUUAGGUAGUUUGUGAUAGAUCUAAGGUAUUUAUUUCGGUACAUUUUACAAAAAAUAAAAAAUUGUCUCUAA